CGUGACCCAGCCCCUCCCUCCCCACACCCCGGGUCGCCGGCUGUGUUUUGGGGAAGCGAGCGAAAGUUGCCGAGUUCUGUGUCUCUUCGGUUCCCGCACUUGGCUGAGGGCGGCGGCGGCGCCUCCGGAGAGCUUGGGACUUCAGACAAAGGCCUCAUGCUACUCAUCCUGCUGCUGCUGUCUGUGCCCGUCCUCCACAAUGCCGUCUCAGGGAGCAUUUCCUGCUAUGACGACUCUGGGCAGCCUGUGGAUUGGUUUAUUGCCUACAAGCUGCCCAAACCCCAUCAUAGCCCCCCAGCAGAGGGCAUGCGGUACAUGUAUCUAGACGGCCAGACCCAGGGCUGGGUACAAGGCAAAAGCCUGAUGAACAGUACCGGAGGAGCCGUGGGACGGACUGUACAGCAGCUGUACAAAGAGGCAGCCCGGAGACAGGAGAAAACAGCCUAUGUCCUAUACAACGAUGAGCCUCCAAAGCAGCUUGUCUCCAGCCUCAAUUAUGAGCCUCCAGAUGAGCUUUUCUCCAGCCUCAAUGGCCAUACAAAAGGAGUCAUCCUACUGGACAAAACACAGGGAUUCUGGCUGCUUCACAGCACUCCUCAUUUCCCGCCCAGUGCAGAUGAGCAGUAUGACUGGCCUCGCAGUGCCCUAUCCUAUGGGCAGACCUUCCUGUGCAUCACACUUCCCUAUGGCCAAUUCAAAGAGAUUGGGAAUCAGCUGCUCUACACUGAGCCUCUUGUCUAUGAUCAUCACGUGGAAGGAACCUUUGCCCAGGACCUUCCUGCCUUGUUGAAUGCUUCAGAGGGGCAACACAUUGAGGAGGAGCCUUGGAACUCCAGUGUGACCCUCAGAUCGGUGGGGGGCAAAGAAUUUAUCAGCUUUGCAAAGUUUCGCUCCUUUGACGAUGAUCUCUACUCAGGCUGGUUGGCCCAAGCUCUCGCCAGUAACCUCUAUGUCCAGUUCUGGCUCAGGUCCAGAGGGAUCCUGCCUUCCAAUUGUUCUGGGCACUUCCGAGUCUACAAUAUGGAGGAAAUAGCCUUCCAGCAUGCAGCCAUUUCGUUUGCUUCAUUGGCGGACCAUUCCAAGUGGUGUGUGAGCAAAGAGAGUGAUCCUGGCUGGGCCUGUGUUGGGGACAUGAACCGCAAUCGCGCGGAGGAAUACCGUGGGGGUGGCAUCAUCUGCUGUCGCGAUGCAGCCGUCUGGAAGGCCUUUCGCUCUUUGGUACAAAAGUACACCGAUUGUGAUGGGGCCAGGCACCAGCCAGUUACACGGACUGUAAUCACCUGAGAGCCAUACUAGGCGAACAUGGCUCACCAAACUGGGUAAGAGUGCCAUGGGUGACUCCCAAGGGCUAAGCACCACCCCCUCAAAUUGUUCCCAUGAUCCUGUUUGCUCCUCCCAGUUUUGGGUCCUGGUAUAUUCUGGUGCUGUGAACCAUCCUUGCUCCUGUGAAAUGGUCUCUGCCACUUCUUGGCUCCCCCAGUUUCCUGCCUUCCACCCGUUUCUGAAAAUGACUCCUUGCCAAACUUGGGAACAUGAUAGGCUUUGCUUUGGACUUCCCUCUCCUUCAGUGACCUCAAUAUAACAGCACCUGCCACAGUUCCGGGGGCUGCACGGAGAAAAUAACUGGCCCAUAGAAGUUAAAUUGCUGCAGCAAUGUACUUUUUGUAUGUCUGUGCUUUGUAUAAAUAUUUGAUUCCAACA